AUGCCAUCCCCAACCCUCCUCUCCCUCCUUGCCCUCCUCUCCACCGCCCAAGCCUUCACCCCCUCCCCAGGCUGCAGUAAAGCCCUCCCCCAAGGAACCACCCUAGGCUCCACGGGCAGCAGCAACAGCAUAACCAUAACCUCCUCCGGCCGCUCCCGCACCUUCCUCCUACACAUCCCCACCAACUACAACACGACCGCCCGCGGCCUGAUCCUCUCCUACCACGGCCGCGGCAAAACCGCCGCCAGCCAGGAACAGCUCUCCUCCUUCUCCGACCCCUACUUCAACCCGGACCUGCUCGCCGUCUACCCGCAAGGCGUGGGGAAUCAAUGGCAGGGCGACCCGGAGGCCACGACGGAUGAUGUCCAGUUUGCGUUGGAUAUGAUCGAUUAUUUGACGCCGAGGUACUGUGUCGAUACCGACGCUAUCUACGCCACGGGGAAAUCCAAUGGGGAAGGGUUCUCUGCGAAUAUCCUCGCAUGCAACGCAACUGCGACGGACAGAAUCGCUGCGUUCGCCAGUGCCAGCGGCGCAUAUUGUCAAUGCAACGCCUCAAAAAUCCCCAUCCCCUGCGCACCCUCCCGCCCAAUCCCCCUUCUAGAAAUCCACGGCACCUCCGACACCACAAUCCCCUACGACGGCGGCGCCCGGCGCGGCGAAUGCCUGCCCUCGAUCCCGCACUUCCUGCAGAACUGGGCGUCGGUGGAUAACUUCAGCUCCACCGCCAACGUCACCACACAGCUUUACGGCGGGAAAGUGCAGAAGUAUGAUUUCGGCGGGAAGGUGGAUUUUUUGACGCAGUGGAGGGUUGAGGGGCUGGGGCAUAGUUGGCCGAGUACGGGGGCGAAUGGGGACUCGAGCAAGGGGACGUAUUUUAACGGGACGGAGUUUAUGAUGGAGUUUUUUGGGAGGUAUAGUUUGAAGUGA